CUUGAAAUAAAACACGCCUACUUUCUGAACUCUUUUUUGUUGGAGAUAGAAUAAGACUACAGUAUACGGGACUGAAACAUAAUUUUUAUCAAAGAGCACACAAAAUGGCGAAACAGUUUGAAGCGGGGAAAAGUUGUACAUUUGAAAAGAUGUGUUUAGACAACAAUAGAUGAUUAAGUAACAUGGACACAACUUCUCAGUCAUUGAGGUCAGAUUCCAACACACCUACUGAGACAUGGUCUUGACAAAUGGAGAUAUAUGCUGCAUGUAAGAGGUCAGAUGUAAACGAAUACAAGCCAGACGUGAUCUUGUCAAAUAGGGAUAUACACUGCAUGUAAGAGGUUAGAUGUUAACAACUACAAGCCGGACAUGUUCUUGAUAAAUGUUUUUGAACUUUAUUUUGGAGAUCAGAUGUCCAUGACAACUACUGAGUGUUGUGACACAAGAGGUUCAUAAAUACAAUACAGGGGAGACUGUUACAAUGACACUGAUGAGGAGAGAGAAAGGAAUGACUUAUGCCUUGCCCAAAGCUGUGUGGGAGAAGAAGGAAGGAAAAAUACAUAGUUACACAGAUGAUGUAAACAAAACAAACUUCCUCAAGUUGUUAUCCAUGUCAGAGGAAGAUAUUCAGAAGUUUGUUGUAGAACCAGAAAGAUUGACAUUACAGAAUAAACUUAAAGAUGCAGAGACAUCAGAAGUUGCUUUUAUAGAUUGUGCACUCCAUUUACUGAAUACAAGACAGCAGACAACAGAUGGUCCAGGUAACACCAGCAGCAGUAGAUCAGAAUCAGAAUUCUCAACUGAAGAAAUACCAGAGUCUGCUGUGUCUGUACCAAAAAUGCUGCCAUCUACUAAGGUAUCAAAUGGAAUUAUGAAUUAUUUACCAGGAACAUUCAAUACACAGGACCCCAGACAGUCACCACCUGUUGAUGUUCUUCCUGAUUCCUUACCAGUUGAGGAAGCAGCUGAAUAUCUAGAGAUGCCAGUCGUUACUGAAGACUAGCAGAGUAAAAAGAGACAGUUCAAUGACAAUGCUUUCUACUUUUAUCAAGCUUCCGAUGGACAACAUAUCUACCUACAUGCCCUGAAUGCCAGGUGUCUAGUGAAGGAGUAUGGUUCCCUGUCUAACUGCCCAGAGACUAUCACUGCUAAUAAAGUACAGAUGGAAAACAUAUUUAUGUCUGAGAAUAGCUGAAAAUCAUCUAAUUUGUACACACUAGAAGACGCUUGGGUGUUUUUUUGCACAUGUGAAAUAUGGUGAAUUAUGUGCUGCUACAGAAGCUGAAGUUAACAUUUUGAAGAGGAAAGAUCCAGACUUUUGAUGACUACACUUCUGAUAAUUUCAUAUGUGUAUAGUUUCUAUGUCAUUUUAUUUUAAGGAAAAAUUGAUCAAAGUCAAUUGGAGGGGUUGAAAUGAUUGUGCCUUAUCAAUGUAGAAUGUUUACAAUGUAAUUGGAAAUACAUAAAGUAGAGUUAUUUUUUUUGUAUUUAGGAAUAAUCAUGUUAAGUAUUAUUUUUAUGAUGAUUUUAUUUAAAGCUAUGUAUAGCAGAAAUUAAAUUUAAAAAAUGAAAGAACAUGUAAACAACAGUUAUUAUGAAAAAACUAUUUACCAAAAAUAAUGUAGACUUUGUGAGUGCUAGAUUAAUACAGAAAACCAUACAAUAAGUAUAGAUACAGUGUAGAUAGAUAUUUCAUUUUUAAAGUGCAACUUGGUACAUAUACAUGAAAUGUAAUAUAUUACAAUUUUCUUGUCGUGAAAAACUUAUGAUAGUCAUUAAAUAAUGUUUAUAAUUUUUUCAAAUCAACUAGGAUUGUCCUAAAACAUUACAGUUAUCACAAUUAUAUAUUAAUCUUACUAAAAUGUUAGGUUAUUUUGUAUUUCCAUUCAUAAAAUGUGAAAUUUAAAGUUUUCCCUCAAAAAGUGAAAAAGUUGGAAUUUUCAUGUCGUAAUAAACUUUUGAUAGUCAACUUUAAUGAUGUUUAUAACUUUUUCAAAUCAACUAGGAUUGUCGUAAAACUCUACAGUUAUCACAAUUAUAUAUAAAUCUUACUAAAAUGUCAGGUUAUUUUGUAUUUCCAUUUAUAAAUGUGAAAUUUAAAGUUUCACCCGACAAGUAAAAAUAGUUAGUAUUUUCAUGUUGUGAAAAACUUUUGAUAGUCAACUUUAAUAAUGUUUAUGACUUUUUCAAAUCAACUAAGAUUGUCAUAAAACUCUAAAGUUAUCACAAUUAUAUAUUAAUCUUACUAAAAUGUCAGGUAAUUUUGUAUUUCCAUUCAUAAAUGUGAAAUUCAAAGUUUCAUGCGACAAGUAAAAAUAGUUAGUAUUUUCAGGUUGUGAAAAACUUUUGAUUGUCAACUUUAAUAAUGUUUAUAACUUUUUCAAAUCAACUAGGAUUGUCCAAAAGCUCUACAGUUAUCACAACUAUAUAUUUAUCUUACUAAAAUGUCAGGUAAUUUUGUAUUUCCAUUUAUAAAUGGGAAAUUUAAAGUUUUCCCUCAAAAAGUGAAAAAGUUGGAAUUUUCAUGUCGUAAUAAACUUUUGAUAAUCAACUUUAAUGAUGUUUAUAACUUUUUCAAAUCAACUAGGAUUGUCCUUAAACUUUACAGUUAUCACAAUCGUUUAUUAAUUUUACUAAAAUGUCAGGUAAUUUUGUAUUUCCAUUCAUAAAUGUGAAAUUCAAAGUUUCAUGCGACAAGUAAAAAUAGUUAGUAUUUUCAUGUUGUGAAAAACUUUUGAUAGUCAACUUUAAUAAUGUUUAUGACUUUUUCAAAUCAACUAGGAUUGUCAUAAAACUCUACAGUUAUCACAUUUAUAUAUUAAUCUUACUAAAAUGUCAGGUUAUUUUGUAUUUCCAUUUAUAAAUGUUAAAUUUAAAGUUUUCCCUCAAAAAGUAAAAAAGUUGGAAUUUUCAUGUUGUGAAAAACUUUUGAUAGUCAACUUUAAUGAUGUUUAUAACUUUUUCAAAUCAACAAGAAUUGUCCUAAAACUCUACAGUUAUCACAAUUAUAUAUUAAUCUUACUAAAAUGUCAGGUAAUUUUGUAUUUCCAUUCAUAAAUGUGAAAUUCAAAGUUUCAUGCGACAAGUAAAAAUAGUUAGUAUUUUCAUGUUGUGAAAAACUUUUGAUAGUCAACUUUAAUAAUGUUUAUGACUUUUUCAAAUCAACUAGGAUUGUCAUAAAACUCUACAGUUAUCACAAUUAUAUAUUAAUCUUACUAAAAUGUCAGGUUAUUUUGUAUUUCCAUUUAUAAAUGUUAAAUUUAAAGUUUUCCCUCAAAAAGUAAAAAAGUUGGAAUUUUCAUGUUGUGAAAAACUUUUGAUAGUCAACUUUAAUGAUGUUUAUAACUUUUUCAAAUCAACAAGAAUUGUCCUAAAACUCUACAGUUAUCACAAUUAUAUAUUAAUCUUACUAAAAUGUCAGGUAAUUUUGUAUUUCCAUUCAUAAAUGUGAAAUUCAAAGUUUCAUGCGACAAGUAAAAAUAGUUAGUAUUUUCAGGUUGUGAAAAACUUUUGAUAGUCAACUUUAAUAAUGUUUAUAACUUUUUCAAAUCAACUAGGAUUGUCCUUAAACUUUACAGUUAUCACAAUCGUUUAUUAAUUUUACUAAAAUGUCAGGUAAUUUUGUAUUUCCAUUCAUAAAUGUGAAAUUCAAAGUUUCAUGCGACAAGUAAAAAUAGUUAGUAUUUUCAUGUUGUGAAAAACUUUUGAUAGUCAACUUUAAUAAUGUUUAUGACUUUUUCAAAUCAACUAGGAUUGUCCUAAAACUCUACAGUUAUCACAAUUAUAUAUUAAUCUUACUAAAAUGUCAGGUAAUUUUGUAUUUCCAUUCAUAAAUGUGAAAUUCAAAGUUUCAUGCGACAAGUAAAAAUAGUUAGUAUUUUCAGGUUGUGAAAAACUUUUGAUUGUCAACUUUAAUAAUGUUUAUAACUUUUUCAAAUCAACUAGGAUUGUCCAAAAGCUCUACAGUUAUCACAAUUAUAUAUUAAUCUUACUAAAAUGUCAGGUAAUUUUGUAUUUCCAUUUAUAAAUGGGAAAUUUAAAGUUUUCCCUCAAAAAGUGAAAAAGUUGGAAUUUUCAUGUCGUAAUAAACUUUUGAUAGUCACCUUUAAUAAGGUUUAUGACUUUUUCAAAUCAACUAGGAUUGUCCUAAAACUUUACAGUUAUCACAAUCGUAUAUUCAUCUUACUAAAAUUUCAGGUUAUUUUGUAUUUCCAUUUAUAAAUGUGAAAUUUAAAGUUUCACUCAAAAAGUAAAGAUAGUUAGAAUUUUUUUUUAUUUUUUUUCAAAUUACACAUUUAUAUUUGUAUGUACCAAUUUUUGUUGAUUGAGGAAAACUUGCAUUUUCAUGGGUAUUUGAUUUCAUGGUUUUGUCAAAGGUUUGCAUUCAUUCUUAUAGAAAAUUUAUAACUAAUUAUUAAUGAGAAUUUGUGGUUUCCAGUUUUCUACGAAAACCAAGAAACUUGGUAUCCGAUGAAUAAUAAUGAAUCCACAGUUAUUGAAAAUGUCACCAAAUGAAAUGUAUUCACUGUUUGAUAUAUUUUUUAUGCAUUGAUAUUAACACAAUUAAAAUUUAUGUUCUCUGAUUGAAAA